UUGCCAAACCAGAUAGCUGAAUCCGGUUUUUUCGAAAAGAGAAAAGCCAAACUCCGCUCUUUUUCUUCUUCUUCUUCUUCUUCUUCUCUGUCUACUGUAACCAAAGACGAAAAUGGCGGCAUCUUCUAGAAAAUCAAGCGCACCAGUGCUCCGCUCUCUCUCACCUUCUGGCAGAUUCUACAAUCCUCACUUGUGUUCCUCUUCCUCUCCGUCUUCCUCCGCCUUCGCAUCUUCCACCUCCAGCUUUUUCAGCCGUUCCAUUUCACCUUCGCGUGUCAGUCUCUGCGGUCCUUCUUCCUCAGUUCCAUCAGUCCAGUUCUCCCUCGACCGUUCCACCUCUCCGAACCGCUCCAUCUCUGUCAGGCCUCCCGCCGGUUCCUCCAGCUCCGGCCAGGUGGUGAAGAGGCAGAGCCAACAGAAGCGAACCUGCAUGUGCUCCCCUACUACGCACCCUGGCUCCUUCCGAUGCAGCCUUCACAAGAAUUUUGGAUCUAAUUCGGUGGCUCCUUAUUCGCCUAACAGGCUCAACGCGCGCAGAUCGGCGAUGACGAACUCGGUGGUGAGAAUCGGUGGCGUGGAAGGGGAUUUGGUGAAGAGAGCCUUGGCUGCGUUGAUUCGGCCGUCGUCGCAUCAGCAAAAAAGGCGAGCUGAUUUCCAGCCGAGACCGAGCCGGCUGUCAGUCAUGUCCAAAGCUGAAGAUUCUUGAGCACCGGCUCGGAUAGCUACUCAUUUGAUGGCUUUGAUGUUUCAGAGCGCCAGAGUCGGCGUCAGAUUCCAGGAAAAUUGUUUGUGAUCUGACCUCUGCAAGGGAGAAAUUCGGAGCGGACUUUUUUUCGCACUUCGGAAACCGAAAUCCGAUAGAGGACUGAAUCUCUGAAUAUAUAUAUAUAUAUAUAUAUAUUGUGUGUGUCUAUACAUGUUGAACAAAUAGGAGUUAGGGGCUGCCAUUAAUUCCGAUUCUUGAGCUUUUGGACCAAUUUUUAUCUAACUAAUUGUACAUAAUUUUGAUUCCAGAAAAAAUUAACUUAUUCUAAGAUAAAUCUAUUGUGAAUACUCUUGACUCCUCUGUAAUCUCUCUGUUCCUCGUCACCUCUGUCUUCCAUUUUGACACUGGAAGCUUGGCGUUAGUGGUGUUUUUUUGGCUCCGUGGUUUACUGUAUUUGGUGGCUUCAGUCGAAUACGUAUCUCUUCCAUAUUUCUGUGAAUUGAUCAUUUACACAAUUUAAUUAGAAAUUGAGUUUGGUUGUAAGAUUGUAUAUGAGAAUCAAGUGUCAAUUAUGAUUAAUAUUUUUUAUUUUGAUAUGAUAAUGUUAAUUAUCUUGAAUGAUAUUAUAAACAAUUUAAUAAUAUUAUCAGUGGUUGUUUGUUU